AUCCCGGCGUUGUGCAACACCGGUAAUAUAGUUAAGCAGCACAUUUUAUAAAACAACAACUGACAAUGGAGCAGUUGCCCGAUAGCAACUCCAGAUACAAAGACGUGGAUUACUGGGACGAGAGGUACAAGCUCUGGAGGCUGUGUGGUCCACACGAAGAGUCGUUCGAGUGGUUUGGGAAUUUCAAACACAUACUGGAGCUGCAUGUCCGCAAACAAGACGGGAUACUGGUGCUCUGCUGUGGGAACAGUUCGAUGAGCUCCGACAUGCACAGCUGUGGCUUCACCUCCAUCACCAACAUCGACUACUCUGCAGUGUGUAUCAAGGCCAUGGCGGCGCGGCACAGAGGCUGUCCAGGGAUGGACUGGCGUCAGAUGGACGCCCGCUUGCUAACCUUUGCAGAGGGCAGCUUCGACGUGGUGCUGGAGAAGGAAACGCUGAACGCCAUGAUGGUGGAGGAGAAAGAACCCUGGCGCGUGUCUCCGGAGACCGGCGAGACGGUGCGGCAGGUGAGCAGGGUGCUGAAGCCGGGCGGGCGAUUCAUCUCCAUCACCUUCGCUCAGCCUCAUUUCCGUAAGCAGCGGCACGCGUGGGAGGAGUUCGGCUGGUCUGUCCGUCACGACGCCUACGGCAGUGGCUUCCACUACUUCCUGUACGUCAUGAUCAAGGGGGAGGCCCUGUCCCCAGAGGAGUGA